GGGGGGAAUCCUCCCUAGGGAGCCCAGGAAGGAGCAUGGCGGCUGCAGCGACGGCUCACGCAUCCUUCAGCACGCGCCGGACGAACGCGAUCAACGCUCAACGGCCGACGGCCGCACAACAGGAGGUGCAGGGCCCCUGUCCUAUAUCUGCCGACCUCGUGGGUGGCGAGUACGAUCCACCUGACCUCGCACCAGACUCUGCUCCAGAGAGCCCCCUCCCUAGUGACGCUUUGCACUGGUGAGUCCCCCGGUCUUUAGUAGUCGUUAGCGAUCGUAUUAGGUAAGUGACAAUAAUGAUCCUCAAUUCAAAAACAAAA